GCCAUGAGGAAGCAAUAUUGGCGACGGCGUUCAGCCCUGAAGGCAGCAGACUGGCAACAGCAGGAGGGGAUACCACGGUUCGGCUGUGGGACCUCAACACGGAGACGCCCCUGAAAACCCUCAGAGCCCACAGCAAUUGGGUGCUUUGUGUCUCUUGGGCUCCUCACGGCCAGCUGCUUGCUUCUGCCGGAAUGGACGGCACAGUCUGCAUCUGGGACCCUGACGGGGGGGCCCUCGCGGGGGCCCCCCUGAAGGGCCACAAGCAGCCAGUGACAAGUUUGGCGUGGCAGCCGCUGCACUUAGUU